AAGAAGAAUCGCGGGAAGGAAAAUCGAGACGAGGGAGCGAGGGGCACCUAGCCCUUUGGCGAGCUCGAAGGAUGCAGCUCCCAGGCGGGAGCACGAGAAUUCCGCCCGCGAGAGCACCGGCCUCAGUUCUCGUGAUCAUCAACGGAAGCAACAUCCUAUCGACUGUCACGAAGAAACGCAACGGCAACGGUAGACCCAGUAACGAAAACAACGGACCUGGUACGAAUAGCAGCGACAGCGUCUUGAGGAAAAGUAGAAACAGCCCCGAGAACGAGCCGCGCCUCCUUGAGAGAAAUCGUCGUCCCGAGACGAGGACACCGAGCAGCCGCCGACACCGAGUCACCGAGAAGCCCCAGCUGUUGGCGUCAGCCCCAAGGCGGAAGGAGCGGGGCGAGGAAUAGUGAAAAGAAAGUAGAGAAAAACCGAGAAACGACGGAAGAAGAGGAAGAGGAGGCGCGAGAGAAGGAGAAAAAGGUGAAGAGGAGGAAGCAAGAGUUCGUCGGGAAGGAGAAGGGUGCCGACGUCGUCGUCGUCGGCGGCGGCGGCGG